UUGCCAAGUUACCGGAUGUUUCAGGUGAUGAGGUUCUCUGUAGAGGAAAUCAAUAACUCGUCCAUCCUCCUGCCAAACGUAUCGCUCGGUUAUGAGAUAUUUGACCACUGCUCAGAUACUCUCAGCUUCCCGGGGGUUUUGAACCUCAUCUCGGUCAACGGCUCGAUAAAGCCCCGGGGACACGCGAGCAAAUAUGUGUCCAAAGUGAUAGGAGUGAUCGGUCCUUUUGGGAGCACAGAGACCCUGACUGUGGCCCCGCUGUUCAUGAUGAAUUUCAUCCCCAUGGUCAAUUAUGGAUCUGCAAGUUCUGCCUUUUCAGAAAAAGUGAAAUUUCCUUCUUUCCUGCGAACAGUACAUCCCAACAAAGACAUCAUACGACUGAUUGUUGAUAUUAUGCAGCAUUUCAACUGGCGCUGGGUCGCUUUCCUCAAAAGCAACGAUGCUUACAGCGAAGAUGGCCUGGAAUUGUUCAGAAAAAUGAUAAAGGGCACAGAAAUCUGCUUGGCCUACACCGAGGAACUCAACCCUAGUACAAACUACUCACGAAUGUUCAAAGAGAUAGAUUUACAGAGAAUACCCACCAUUAUAGUUUUUGCCCGUAAACUGUACGCCGAGACUGUCAUUCAGUCAGCGAUAAAUUCUAACGUCACCAACAAAGUGUGGAUAGCAGGAGACACAUGGGCCUUAAACAAGAACCUCCCAAAGAAGGAAGGAAUCGAAAACAUUGGCACUAUUCUUGGGGUUUCGGAGACAGUAGUGGAAAUACCUGGUUUCAAUGAUUUCAUCUAUUCUUCCAAACACAAGAGGCACUGUGAAGAUGCACGACAACAGAAGUUUUGUAAUCAGGUUUGCAACUGCACUAGCCUAAAUCCAGAGGAGAUCAUCGCUGAGAACCCGUCUUAUUCUUUAUCAAUCUACUCAGCGGCAUAUGCCAUCGCCCACGCCUUGCACAAUGUGCUGGAAUGUGGAGAGGGACGAUGCCGUGACAAUAUCACAGUGUAUCCCUACAUGGUUCUAGCACAGCUGAAGAAGUCAAAUUUCACCCUUUUAAACCGGAGUAUUCAAUUUGAUGAAAACGGGGACCCCGCAAAUGGAUACUACUCUAUAGUUUUCUGGAAUCAAGAAGGUCAAGCAGAGGAGAUCGGCUCUUAUGAAACUCAUCCACUGGUCCAGCUCUCCAUUGAUGACACCAAAAUUAAGUGGCACGCAAAUGGAAAAGUGCCCACUUCACUGUGCUCUCAGGAAUGUCCUGAGGGUUAUGCAAAGAAGCAAGAUGGAAUCCAUAAAUGUUGCUUCAACUGUGUAAUGUGUCGAAAUGGAACUUACGUGAAUAUCACAGAGGACGCCUACCGGUGUGUCCCCUGCAAGCCCACAGAAUGGUCAGCAGACCGAAGCACGUCGUGCAGUCCGCGGUCGGUGGAGUACGUCUCUUUCACAGAUGGAUCGGCGAUACUGAUCAUGGUGGUGACUUCGAUCUUGGUGGCUCUCUCGUUAGCCACGGCCAUUCUCUUCGCCAUCAACUACAACACGCCUGUUGUCAAAUCUGCCGGGGGAUCGAUGUGCUUCCUCAUUUUAGGCUGCCUAAGUCUGUGUAGUAUCAGCGUCUUCUUUUACUUUGGCAAGCCAACUCUUGCCUGUUGCAUCUUGAGGUACUUCCCAUUUCUCUUGUUCUACACGGGCUGUCUAGCAUGCUUCGUUGUGCGCUCCUUUCAAAUCGUUUGCAUAUUCAAAAUGGCUGCUAAGUUCCCAAAGCUGCAUGGCUGGUGGAUGAAAUAUAAUGGUCAAUGGCUGGUCAUCACAGUGGCUUUAGUUACCCAAGCACUGUUACUUAUCAUUGGUUAUGCUUCCAGACCCCCCAGACCAUACAAUGAAACAUUUUGGUACAAAGACAAAAUAAUCCUUGGCUGUCACGUCGGUAAUCCAGGACUGUUGGCUGUUUCCGUGGUUUUGCUUGCAUCCCUGUGUUUCCUUUGCUUUGCUUUCUCCUACAUGGGAAAAGACCUCCCCAAAAACUACAACGAGGCCAAAGGCAUAACCUUCUGCUUGUUCGUGCUGAUCCUCACCUGGAUCAUCUUCAGCACUGAGUACAUGCUCUACCACGGCAAGUACAUCCAGACUCUCAACGCUAUGGCAGUACUCUCCAGUCUCUACUGCGUCCUGCUCGGGUAUUUUCUCCCGAAAUGCUACAUCAUCAUUUUUCAGCCCCAGAAAAACACACCGCAGUACUUCCAAGGUCUCAUUCAAAAUUACACCAAAACCAUUAGCCAAUAA